AUGCUCCUCUUGCCGCCCAAGACCCUCCUCGCGCUCUGCGUCCUCGCCAUCCUCUCUGCGCGCUCGGCGUCGGCCUCGUCGCCCUUCUCCUCCUCCUCCUCCCACCUCGUCAAGCGCGCCCCCCUCGCCUCGGACGCGUCGUCGCACUCGUCGCACCCGUCAAAGUACUUCCCCGCGCCCCACACGCCGGGACAGCCCUCCGCCUCCUCGUCGUCGGACGGCCGCGCAAAGAACGUCGCGUUCCGCGGCGCGCGCAUCAGCGCCGCGACCGAGGACCGCAUACGGCGCAAGCGCGCGGCCGUCGCUGCCGUCGCUGCCGCUGAACGCUCGGCGCACGCGCGGCGCGCGGCGGUCCAGCAGCCUCCUCGGGCGGCGACGGGCGCGCCCUCGGCGAAGGAGCUCGCGCGUCGGGCCCAGGUCAAGGCCGACAGCGCGUGGGUCGCGGCGCACUUGUCGCAGCGUGGGCUCGGCGGCGGCAGCGGCGGGCGAGGAGGAGCACGUGGCUCGCCCAAGGUGGUCGAUGAGCGGUUCGAGCGCAAGGUGCGCGGCGCGGCGGGCGGGAGGGCGAGGGGUCACUGA